UGGCUGAAUAAUAGUGAUUGUGAUUCGCUCAUAAGCAACGCCAACAUCGAGGGUAAAGAGUCGAUCUCGUUCGAAUUCGAAACAAGGUUCAUCAUUGGUCAAGAUCCCAUUGGUCAUCUUCGACAGACCUGUCUUUGGGGCGAUAGAAUGUGGUUUCGAGUGCUUCUAGUGGCUCAAAUACUCUGGGAGAGCUGUGUCUGUUUGGAUGAUGAUCCCAAUUCUACCUUAAUCUACACACCGCCGUCAUGUACCUUCGUCAGCGAGAUUGAUAACUCCACGUUGGCUCAUGAAGUGAAUAAACGAUGUAUGAAUUUGAUAGCCUCAAAGAUCGUUUCAAAGUCCGGAGUCAAAGGUGUGAACGUCCACAAUCGAAAAUGCGGGGUUCACAACGCUACCACCAUCGACUCCAUUCAUCAAUCCGAUAUUUGUUUGUCCCAAUACGAUGAUCCUAUCGGGGUGUCUUUCAUUCAUGUACUAAACAUCGAUAAUGAGCUUUACUUCACCGACUAUCGAGAUGUGAAAAAGAAGCGCUUUAUGAAAAAGAGGUCGGAUUUGGAAGAUUUGUGGAACAGCAAAGUUUUGAAACAUAUGCCAGACAAAGGGUUUGAACGAGCGACAGUUCUCAGGAUUGUAAAUGCUUCCAAUCUUAUCAACGUUUUUGCCUUACUUCAAUUCGCCCAAGCUGACGCCAAAACCAUCUACGAAGGCAUCUUCAAUGCCAAUAUGGCUACCAAUGGGUCGUUCGGUCAGUUCAGAGUCAAUGUCUCAGCUUCUGGAAUCACAGACCCAUGGAAUUGCGAAAACCUGACGAGCAUCAUUCAAAGAGUUCCCAGGGUAUUGUGGGAAGCCUCCGAGGGAACCCAGCUAGCCAGUAACCCAAUUCCAAUCGGUCAAACCGUAGACUUUGCCUGUCCCGAAGGGUUACAGCUAAGCGAAGACAUUGAUGGAUUUGACAAGUACGACAAUAAGUUUAGUCUGGUCUGCACGGUGCUCACCCGCUACGAUGAACCCGAGGCAUGGCCUCAAUGCGUGCCUCGUUGCGGUGAUACGAUUGAACCACCCGCUUCCUCGUUAAUGAAUAAGGUGCCUUUGAACACGUAUGUUCCGGCCGGGAAAUUUGCCCACUAUGUUUGCAACGACACGUCUCUGGGCGUGGAACGUGGAGGGUCCGAGUUCUUGAAAGUGCUUUGCAUGAAUGAUGCCACCUAUGACUACCCGCCCAAUGGAACAUGGCCGGUGUGCGCCAAACGCACCACCACAAUGAGUCCAGUUUUGCCUAUUGGAAUCAAAUCCUUUUUGGAUAAGCAAACCUCACAGUUGCAAUACAGAGUGAGACAGACCGGUUGGACGGCCGAAUUCGAGCCAACGGAGGGCAAAAAUUGGGUGAUUCUCGUUGUCCUGCCCUACUUUCUUGGUCUGACUAUUCUGAUUCUGUUUUGUUGCAUCAUCUCCAGAAAAGAUAGUCCUCUCUACAAAAUGUGUAGUGAUUCCGAAGAAUUUAAAAAGAUUUGAAGGCGGAGACUUAUGGAAAGCUGUGGUCGGCCAGCGUAAAAUCUUCGUCUCACUUAAUGACUAGUGUUCCUGAGCAUGCUAUCAAAAAAAGAAAAAGAAUGUCCGUGUCAGCACUUAUUGUUAAGUUAGCUUCUAACUUUGCAUAGCAAGAAAUGCUUAAUGUCUAACGGAUGUUUCGAGAAAUCCAGCCAACCGAGAAAUAAUCAAGAAACCUAAAAUGUGUCUUCAUACACCCUUACAAAGUAAGCCUUACUUUCGAGGGUUAAUAAAACAUUAAUUCCUUGUUUCAUGUGAAA